GUCCGCGCAGGAGAUGAAGCAGAUGGAGAACAUCACCCUGUUACAGGGCGGCAGCCCGGGCACGUACCAGCGGCCAGAUCCCAAAUCGGAACGAGAGGUGGUUGCGGCUCCCGGGGAGCAGCCCUGGGAGAUGAUCAUGGACAAGAAGCACUUCAAGCUCUGGCGGCGACCGAUCGAGGGCACCCACUUAUACCAGUACCGAGUGUUUGGGUCGUACACAGAUGUGACUCCCAGGCAGUUCUUCAACGUGCAGCUGGACACUGAAUAUAGGAAGAAGUGGGACUCGCUGGUCAUCAAACUGGACGUAAUCGAGAGAGACCUGGCCACUGGAUCGGAAGUGAUUCACUGGGUCACUCAUUUCCCGUACCCUAUGUACUCGCGAGACUACGUAUACGUUCGACGGUACAGCGUAGACAAAGAGAACAACCUGAUGGUACUAGUCUCACGGGCAGUGGAGCAUCCAAGCGUCCCCGAAGACCCCGAGUACGUUCGGGUCAGAACCUACGAAUCCCAAAUGGUCAUCCGUCCCCACAAAACCUUUGACGAGAACGGUUUCGACUACUUGCUGACCUACAGCGACAACCCGCAGACCGUGUUUCCCCGUUACUGCGUCAGCUGGAUGGUCUCCAGCGGUGAGUGAGAUCUGGUGGUGAGAAUUCACCCCUUUGGCAAGAAAUUCCUCCGGCUCCGUGCGCUGGAGCGAAGCGGCGGCAGCGAGGGGAAGGCGAGCGUGGCCGCGGCGGAGCACAAGAGCGAUGGUACCCGCAGCCCUGCCCAGCUGGAAUACGCCUGA